AGCCGAAGAUGUCGGCUCGGUCAUGUGAUCAGCUGUGUCCAAUCACAGCUGAUCACAUGGGACAUGAUCAGUGUGCCCUGAUGAUCAGUGUGGCCCCAGAAGUGCCACCUGUCAGUGUCCAUCAGUGCCAGCUGCCAGUGCUGAACAGUGCUACGUGCCAGUGCCACAUAUCAGUGCCUACCAGUGUACAUCAAUGCCACAUAUCAGUGCCCAUCUGAGCUGCCUUUUGGUGUCACCCAUCAGUGCCAGCCAGUGCCAGCUAUCCAUGCCAAUCACUGCCACCUAUCAGUGCUGCCAAUCAGUGUCACCUAUCAUUGCCAGUCAGUGCUGCAUAUUAGUGCCAGUCAGUGCCGCUUAUUAGUGUGCAUCAGUGCCCGUCAGUGCCGCCUAUCAGUGCCAGUCAGUGCCACCUAACAGUGCCAGUCAGUG